GUUCGUGCGGUCGUAUGCAAACAUUUAAAGAUUGUUGCUAGCGGAUUGUCUGUGUUGUCUGUGCUUUCACGGUUUGCCGGUCUUACGAGUCAUUCUUCACAAAAAACAAAAUUCUGUGUACGAGUAUAGUGAAAUAUACAAAGGCUCGGCGGCAAUAUAUAGUAUACUGGUACUCUAUGUAUGUAUGUAUGCACAUACGUGUUUGUGAAUGAUGCCAUGCUGCUAGUGAAAAAAGUUAAGAAAAAAUCAAGUGAAUAAUAAAACAGCGAAAGAAGGGUGAAUGGCUAAAGAAAAGAUCUGUAGGAGUGGGUGUGAAAAAUUAAUAUUUGACAAUUGGCAAUUUCUACAUAUGUACGGAUGUGUGUAGAGCUACUUAACACUACAUAUGUACGUACAUACGCAUAUCUCCGCAUGAAUCAAUACCGUAUUUUUUCUUCUUAAAUAUUUCCCUACACUGGCGUGCCAAUAUUUUUUCCUUUAAAUUAUUCCAUUUAAUAAAGACAUAAAAAUUUUCGUAUGUGCCAACAGAUGUACGUUUAAUGCGAUUUCCGUUGGACGUGCGCACAAUAAAGUUUUCAGUGAAUUAGAUUAUUGUUGAUGAUGAUUACUAUGAUAUUAUGAUGUACAGUGUGAUGCUCUCGAAAAUGACAAAGUGCCCGCAAUAGUAAUGAUGGCCAUUGUGACCAUUGUGCACCGUGUGUUGUCGUGUAAUUCAUACGAAUAUGAUAUUUAAUCAUACUGCCUAUAGAAAUUUGAAAAAAUAAUAGUGUAAAAAGUGCAUCAUCCAAACACCAGCAACAACAACAACGAUUACAAAAGCAAUAAUAUCAUCGCAUAUUUAUCAACGUCCAACGCACUCUCGAAAAAAGCCGCAUUGUUUCCAUGUCCAUAAAUUUUUGUUUUUGAUUCGCACCAGCCUGCACUGUUUUUGAAUCGAUUCAGAAUCGAGUGGUGUGGCGCGUUUAAACUGGCCUGGAAAGCAACUCGACCUCAGUAAAACAACAAAAAUGUAUUCGGCGGUGCGCACAAACGACUUUGAAUAUCCCGAAUCGGAGAUGGACGAUCUGGAGAGCCUAUACUUUGACACGAUUUCUUUGGCAGACUCUGAGGCUGCUGCCGCUGUGGCUGCUGCACACCGCAAAUCGCUCUCCCAAUCGCGCAAUACCAUCUAUCAUUCGGCGGUGGAUUUGGCCGGUGAAGAUACACCAUCAAAACGACGCAGUUUACGCUUGGACAAUGGCAACAAAAAUAAUGCACCGCCGCCAAAUAAUCCCAGCAAUCGUUUGCCAUACAAUCCGAAUUUCCGCCACUCAUCAGCAUUGGAACAUUAUAAUAAUGCGAACGGCAGCAACGGUACAGGCGUUGGCGGCGGCGGCGGCGGUGGCGUUGAUCAAACGGAUGCUGCCAUUGCCGCACAGGUGUUGGCCAUGCACAACGGACGCUCGAAUGCUUAUGGCAACAAUAAAACUAGCAGCAACAAAAGCAACAGCACACCGCAUCUGAAUGCCGAUGAGACACGUCGGCGCUUCCAAGAUGGCAAACGCAGCGUUGAUUUCGUCUUGACCUACAUCGGCGAUGAUGAUUAUAUACCAGAGAAUCGACGCAAACGUGAAAUAUUCGAAACGAAUUUAAUUAAGGAAGGCCUACAUUUGGAGCACGACAAUACACAGCGCAUACAUUUUAUAAAAAUUCAUGCCCCACUGGAAGUGCUUUGUCGCUAUGCGGAGAUUUUGCAGAUUAAAUUGCCAAUGAAGAAGAUACCAGGCCAGGAGCUCAUAAAAGAGGAUGAUUUUCGAAUCAAAGAUUGUAUUACAUCUGCCGUCAGACGCAUAUUUAGUUGGUUGUACGUCAGUGCGGAACGACCGUAUCGCAUACACAUGGAGUUUUCCCGCAAUUAUCAGCAUUUAUUCGAAUGGGAGCAACCGAAUUUCUUUGAUGCUGGUGUUCGCAAUUCAAUCAUCAAUUUUAUAUUAGAGCGGCAGCGUUUUGUGGAAGGCGAAGAGACGGCCGACAAUUUGGGUAUUGAAAAAUUGUUGGAGGAUCGCGUAUACCACAGUGCUUACCCGUUGCAUGAUGAUACGGAUCGUGACUUCCUUUUACAAGAAUGGGCUUCGCUACGAAAGUGGAUACACUUACAGCCCCUGGACAGCAUCAAAGAGUAUUUCGGUGCAAAAGUUGCUUUAUAUUUUGCUUGGUUGGGUUUCUACACACACAUGCUAAUUCCAGUCAGCGUACUGGGUAUCCUAUGUUUCAUCUAUGGAUUUGUGACGUGGAGUAAUGAUCCUAUAAGUCGCCAAAUUUGCAACGAUAACCAAACGACUCUUAUGUGCCCACAAUGUGAUCGCAACUGCGACUACUGGCUGUUGGAGGAAACUUGUAACUCAUCGAAAAUGAAUUAUCUGAUAGAUAACAAUAUGACGGUCAUAUUUGCCUCGAUAAUGGCUAUUUGGGCUGUACUCUAUUUGGAGCUCUGGAAGCGCUAUUCUGCCACUUUGGUGCAUCGUUGGGGCUUGACCACCUUUUCGCAGCAUGUUGAACAUCCGCGUCCCCAAUAUUUAUCGAAACUACAAAGGCACAAGGAUAUUACGGAGCGCUGGAAGAAAAGCAAUAAUAUACUCGAACCGGAUGUGCCAUUUUGGCGUAUAAAAUUUCUACCCAGUUUCACAAGUUACAGUAUUAUGGUUUUGUUUAUCUGCGUUUCACUCAUCGCGAUUUUCUCCAUGAUAGUCUAUCGAAUGGCACAGAAGGCGUCCCAUAGCAUUUUGGGUAACGAAGAUUCAAUGACCUACAAAAUAAUGGUGCUUCCCAUGACGGCUGGUAUAAUCGAUCUCAUAGUAAUUUCCAUGCUCGAUUACGUCUACACUUCACUAGCCGUUCAUCUCACGAAUUUGGAAUAUUGUCGCACGCAAACUGAAUACGACGAAAGUCUAACAGUUAAAAAUUAUGUAUUUCAAUUUGUCAACUAUUAUUCCUCGCUAUUCUAUAUUGCAUUUGUGAAAGGCAAAUUCGUCGGCUACCCAGCCAAAUACAAUCGGAUAUUGGGUUUUCGACAGGAAGAGUGUAAUCCAGGUGGCUGUUUGAUGGAGCUUUGCAUGCAACUUGUCAUCAUUAUGGUUGGCAAGCAGGCAGUCAAUGCCAUUGUGGAAAUGCUCUUUCCUUAUAUAAUGCGCUGCAUACGCAAGUUUUCUACGCGCCUCGGCAUGCGAAAAGUAGAAAGUGAAGAGAAAUUAAUAUCGUGCAAUCAGUGGACUGAAGAUUAUCAUUUGGAGCCGUCGAACACAAAUUCACUAUUCUCAGAGUAUUUGGAGAUGGUUUUGCAAUUUGGUUUUAUAACACUUUUCGGCUUGGCCUUCCCAUUGGCGCCACUACUUGCGUUGAUUAAUAAUGUCAUCGAAGUCCGUUUGGAUGCAAUAAAAAUGCUGAAGCUAAUGCGACGUCCGGUAGCGCAACGUGCCAACAAUAUUGGUGUCUGGUACAAUAUGAUGGCAAUUGUGACACGCAUCGCUGUAGCAUCGAGCGCUAUGAUUAUUGCAUUUUCCACAAAUCUCAUACCGAAAAUAGUCUACAUAACUGCCACACAGGAUGAAUCCUUGGAGGGAUAUCUGAAUUUUACGCUUGCCUACUUUAACACAGCCAACUUCCAGGUGCAACCAGUGCUGCGGGGGAGCACCUACGAAAAUGUAACCUCCUGCCGUUACACAGAAUUCCGUAAUCCACCCUGGGAUGCGAAUCCUUACAAGCGACCAACGUAUUACUGGAAAAUACUAACAGGACGCCUAGCGUUUAUCGUAAUUUUUCAGAAUAUCAUCGGCAUGAUUCAAGGUGUGAUUGCCUGGGCAAUUGCAGAUGAGCCAAGCAAAUUGCGUAAGCGUAUUAAGCGUGAAGGUUUCCUGCUGCGCGAACACAUAAUUGAGUAUGAAAAGAAGACCGUUGCUGAGAAAGCAGCUGCACGUCGAGCCAUAGACGAAGCGCAAUACGAAGAUGAAAAGGCGCAAAACCAAAUGGACUACUAUGCGAACAAUAAAGAGCCUAUGUCACAAGCGCAGACCGUACAACGGGAUUAUGCGGAUAAUGAGGCGGCAGUCGUUUAUAGAAAUGAGCGUACAACGCCACUGUAGAACAACGAUAACGUUUUUGUUACAUAUUCUAUAAGUAGUUUUUAUUUUUUUAAGCCAAUGGUAAUUGAAAUGGUAGCUUAUUUAUACAAUUUUUAUGGUUAUUAGGUGAUUAUAAUUAAGCGGGUAAAAUAGUGCGCGCAACACACAAAUUAUAAUUAGUAAAUAAGAGCAUUUUUUUUUUGUUUUCCAUUUUGGUUUUCCUGUUUUUUUUUUGUAUUUUUGUAGGUUUUUUUGUUUUUGUAGUCUUUUUUUUGUAAUGUUUUUUUGUCGGCAAUGCCUUAUUUACAAUUUUAGUAUAUUGCAUUAGAAAUGCUGAACAUUUCCUGUGUAAAUUUGUUAAUUCAAAAGAAAAAAAAAAACGCUAUUGUUAGGUACUUAAAGUUUUAAAAGUUAAACAUCACUGUUGUGUAACUGUAAUUGUUAUCAAUGUAAAUAAUUAAUAAUUAGUCAAGUGCAUACACUAUCAAGUAGUAAACAGAAAAAAAAAACAAAAAAUGUGUAUAAUUAACAAAUUAAACUAAACCAGUGAAAGAGAAACUUCAAACUGCUCAAAAUAAUCAUAAAUUUUGCAUGCUAAUAAUAUUAUAUAUAAUAAUUUGUAAUUUUUUUAAUAACAAAUAUGUAAGUAGGCAAUACAAAGCUAAUUUUGUAUUGAAAACUAAAACAGGUUGAAUUUUAUCGCAAAACCGUACCGCAUUUGUUAAUUAGUUAAUUAAUUGUGAUGGAGUAAACGAUACAAAUUUUAUAUGAUUCGUUGCAUUUUCAGCCACAUUUGCCUUAAAGUACGUGCAUACAUAGAAAAUAAAUAUGUAUUUCAUACGUUUAUAACGCAAUCCGAUUUAAAUUGAGUCAAGUCGCGCCACAGGUAUACUACUAAUACAUGCAUAUGUACAUAUAUGUUGGUACCUAGGCAAAUAUGUAUGUCCAUUUUUUGUAGCAAUAGUUAUAAUGCAAAAUAUUAAAUUACAUACAUAGAUAAAAUUCACAAAUAACCGCAAGCAUUUUACCACACAGUGAAGUGCUUCUUUUAAAGUAGACAAAAAGUAGCCGUUUUUACCGAAAAUAAAUACAUGCUAGCAAAGCAAAAAAUAGUGAAAAAAUCAAAACAAAAAAAACAA